AUGGAAACAUAUUCAAGUGGUAGUCAUAGUAUACUUACAAAGUUUACUAAACUGAGGAAAAAACCUCAACAACCGUUAACGGAUCUAACGGAUCUCUAUAGUAAAAUCGCAAACGAAUCCAUUUUCUAUUUAAAACUUGAAAAUCAGAAACAAUAUCAGAGAGCAUUACAAGGUUGGAAAAUGCUUACUACAGAUACAAUUUUCCAACUUACAAGGAUAGAACAUUGUAAUCGAAAUAGAGAAUCAUAUACUAAGGAUGAACUGAGUAUUGAAACAGGUAUUAAGGAAUUAUAUCAUAAAGCCUUAAGAAAUAUGGAAAGAACUAAAGAAUUAAUAAAUGAAUCGAAAGCUGGAAAUAUAAAUAAUAAUGAGAGUUCACAGAGGAAUGGGUCUUUUUCAUCUUCAUCAUCUGUACCGUCACGACCUAUGACAGCAAGAACAAUGUCCGCUGGGUUUCCAAGAAUGACACUCCGAGAUCAACAUUCUAGAAGUAAAGAACCACGCUUUCCAUUUGUUAAUUAUGAUUUACCUACUGGAUCAUCACAUGAUGCUCCCCAUAGAAGCUCGAAUCAUAUAGAUAAUACAAAAGAGAAAGAGAGACGUAUUAAUUUCACAACAUCUAAAUCAUUAGAUCCUUAUCCAAGGGAUGUUGAAAAAAUCGGUUAUAGAAAAUCCGAUUCAGAUCUAGAAAGUGUAACAUCGUCAGUCAUAUCCAAUAGAUCAAAUGAUUCUAGAUCGAUACACUCUGAAAGAAUAACAAACAAUGCGGAUGACAUUCCAUCCCAAGAUGAAAUUGUAUAUGAAACAGAACCAAUCUCUGUAAUAAGUACAGAUAAUCUGACUUCCACAAAUCGUGAAACCGGUAUAGAAUCUGAAUCAGAAGGAGAUCCUGACUUUGAUGUAACAGACUAUUAUGAUGAUUACUUAGAAGUUGACUCUACUGGUGAGGAAUCAAUGACUGAAAACAAUGAAACAAAUAACAGUCAAGAUAAUAUUUUACAAACAAUAGAUAGUAAUGAUAGACCAGAAAUAUCCUUCGAAAAAAACAAAAAUCAACUUACAAACCAAGUUCCAGUGAUUGAUUUACCAAAACUUCCACCUAUGCCUCAUUAUAUUCCUCCGAUUCCACAAGCUCCUGUAUUAAUAAAAGAAGAAGAAAGCUUACCUAAACAAUUGAGCCUAAAGAAAAAGAGCAGCAAUGAAAAAGAAUCCUAUACUUCUAAAACAAUGCACACUUCAAAUCAUAAAAGACCGUCUAAACCGGCAACUUCAUUGAAACAAACAAAAUCAACUCCAUCUUUACCAACUUCAAGACCACGCCAUCUACUCUCAUCAAAAACAUCCAUGCAAAAAAAUUUGAAGUCACCUUCAACACUCUCAUUAGGUUCAAGACCAUCCAGUGAAAACAGGAAUAUUGGCACAAGAGCAUUAAAAACCGAACAAUUAGAGGCAUCACAACAGGCUGCAAGGAUGGUAUUGAAUCACAAACAAAAGAAGCGCACAACAAGAUCUAAAGAAACCUCGACUAGUAAAUCAUCCUCAUCAUCAACAACGAAAUUAUCACCGAAGUCAUCAAACCUCAAAACCAAAACUAAAAUCCAAACAGAUCCUUCAAGCAAAAACAAUGGGAAUAAAUUAAGGACUACUAAAAAAACUUCGCCUGUAAAACACGCCCCUAUUAAAAGACCAACUUCAAAAACAGCUAAAAAAUCGAAAUCAUUAACAUUGGAGUCCUUGAGUUCAGUGGAUACAGAUCCUACUAGGAGUAUGAGUAGCAAUACCAAUAACAAAAGUUCCCCAAACAGCGAAGAGACUUCUAGAACCAAUUCUGGUUUAAACAGAGACUCGGAUGACAAGAAUUCUUUAAAGGAAUCAUUAGAGGAACAAAUUAUUGACUCUAUCUCAGGUAUUGAUAAAACAGCGGCCAAACAAAUCUUUCAAGAGAUCGUUGUCCAAGGUGAUGAAGUUCAGUGGGAUGAUAUUGCAGGCCUAAACACAGCCAAAAAUUCUUUGAAAGAGGCUGUUGUUUACCCAUUUCUGAGACCUGAUUUAUUCAAGGGGUUAAGAGAGCCAAUUACAGGGAUGCUUCUUUUUGGUCCACCAGGUACCGGUAAGACCAUGCUUGCAAGAGCUGUAGCGCAUGAAUCUAAAUCAACUUUCUUUUCUAUCAGUGCCUCAAGUUUGACAUCUAAAUAUCUUGGAGAGAGUGAAAAAUUAGUUCGUGCCUUAUUUUUGGUAGCAAAGAAACUUGCACCCUCAAUUAUUUUUGUUGAUGAAAUUGACUCUAUCUUAGGUAGUAGAAACAAUGAUGGUGAAAAUGAAAGUAGUAGAAGGAUAAAAAAUGAGUUCUUAAUACAAUGGUCAUCGCUAUCUAGUGCUGCUGCCGGUAACGAGAAGAAAAGUGAGGGAUCGGGCACAAAUGGUAGAGAACAACUAACUGGGAAUACCAGUGAUGGAGACGAUACAAGAGUUUUAGUACUAGCUGCAACAAAUUUACCUUGGUCUAUCGAUGAAGCUGCAAGAAGAAGAUUUGUUAGAAGACAGUAUAUUCCUCUCCCGGAAGAUGAGACACGUCUUGUUCAAAUUAAGAGACUUUUAUCCCACCAAAAACAUACUUUGACUGAUGAUGAAUUUGAUGAACUAAUGCGUUUAACAGAUGGUUAUUCGGGUAGUGACAUAACCUCACUAGCUAAAGAUGCAGCAAUGGGCCCUCUAAGAGAGCUUGGAGAUCAACUUCUUUUCAUGGAUAGAGAAAAUAUUAGACCUAUGGGGUUAAUCGAUUUUAAGAAUAGUUUAGAAUAUAUUAAGCCAUCUGUAUCGAAGGAAGGUCUUGAAAAAUACGAAGAAUGGGCUGCAAAAUUUGGUUCUUCAGGCAUAUAA